CACGCUAAUCGAUCGGCUAAAGCUGCCGGCCAUGCAAAUGCCUCCGCCUCCUCCUCCUCCUCCAGGUGGCCCCGCCUCCCGUGGAGCGAAGCCUGACCGGAAGACGGUGGAGAGAAACCGCCGCAACCAGAUGAACGUCCUCUACGCCCGCCUCGACUCGCUCGUCGGCGACGACAGCACGCCGUCGGCAGCCGCAGCGGUGCAGCGCGGGCCGCCGGCGACGACGCGGCCGGACAGGCUGGAGGCGGCGGCGGCGUACAUAAGGCAGACGGCGGAGAGGGUGGAGAUGCUCAAUGAGAGAAAGCAGGAGCUGAUGGCUAUGGCCUCGUCGUCCCAGGGCUCCGGCUCCGGCUCCUCGUCUGGGGCGCCGGCAGCGGAGGUAGAGGUGCAGAACCUGGGGUCCGGCCUGCACGCCAUCCUCAUCACCGGCGCGCCGCCAAUCGACGGGGCGUCGUUCCACCGCGCGGUGCGCGCUGUGGAGGAGGCCGGCGGCGAGGUGCAGAACGCGAAUUUCUCGGUGGUCCGCGCCAGGGCCAUCUACACCAUUCACACGAAGGUGGCAGGGGAACAGGGAAGCAUUGAGAGGGUGGUGCAACGAUUGAAGGGAGCGCUACGUGGAGAUGCAUGACCAUAUAAGUUCAUCUUUGGAUUAAUAAAUGCUUGGUAAACCAAUAACGAAUUAGGGCAAUUCGAAAGGCUUUGUGUGCAUGGCGCAUGCAAAGCUGGAAAAGUGAGUGAUAACGCGUUGGCUAACUACCAGUCAACGAGGUCUUGGAGUUCUAUAUGCAAUUCUACUUGCUCUCUGCUGCCAGGUGUUGGCAGAUAAAAUAAUACUGAGAAUUAAGGCCUUUUGAUC